AAUCCAAUACCAACCUCUCAUAAGAAGUUAGUAUUCUGGUGAGGAAAAUGUCUCACCGGGGAAUAUGCAGUGCAAGCCCAGUUUUAGUUCUGGCCUGCACUCUUGUUUUGCUCUUAGUUCAAUCCGACAUGGCUCGAGCAAAAACGUUUACCGUUGGUGAUACUUCAGGCUGGAGUUUUAACGUUCAGAGCUGGCCAAAGGGGAAAAAGUUUAAGGCUGGGGACGCCCUUGACAUCCAAGGCUACAAGAGUUGCUCUGCUUCCCCAACCUCUGAGGUUUACAGCACUGGAAAUGAUGCAAUCAAACUAUCAAAGGGACGAAACUAUUUCAUUUGCAGCAUCCGAGGUCAUUGUGAUGGGGGCUUGAAGAUUGCUGUUGAUGCUUCUUAAGUUAUGAAGUGUGGCUUCAUUACUCAAACCUUUAUCUACUCUUAAAGACGGUUUUCUUGAAUAAAUAGUUGGUGUCAAUUAAUAAGCGGUUGCUUUUGCUUGCUGCCAUGUAAAAUAGUAUUGCAGAAGUAAAUGUAUACAUACAGAAUUUCCUUCUACUCCUAUAUAUUUCUAAUAGCUUCCUAGGGGAGGAAUUUUGUAGUAAUUUCAUGCAUUAAAGAGGAAGUAUG